UUUUUUUUUUUGUGUGUGUGUGGAAGGCUCAUCAGUGUAAAAAGAAAAAACAAAAACGAGCUGAAUGACCCAAGCGCUCAUGACUGUGUACAGUUUCUGGUUUGGUGGUUGGGUUUCUGUGUGUAAAUGACUUAACAGUUAGUGUGUAAGGAGUUUUGUCUCUCAUGUUUUGUUCUCUUUUUUUAAUUUUUUUUUUUUUUUUUUUUUUAAUUUCUUUUGUCUGGUGCCUUAACGUGGAGCCGAAAGAUUGAACUUCCCAUCCACUCUAAGCAACACGCACGCGCACACACACACACACACACACACACACACACACACACACACACACACACACACACCCCAUCUGUAUAACGAUACUACCAGGCUCGCCAGAACAGACACCGACAUCGCUUGAACCGAAGAGAAUGGCAAUUAUUUUCUAAAUAACUUCACAUUUUUGUUUGAAUGUUUUUUUUGUUUGUUUGUUUGUUUGUUUUUUUGUCACUCACCUUUGUUCUGUCCCCCUUUUUCUCCUGCAUGCCAUUUUUCUUUGGUUUUAAAGACUUGUGCAUUUGUGCAGCAAAAAAAAAAAGAGAAGAAAAAAAAGCAGCUGCACGAGGGGUGGGGUGGGGUGUAGUUCUCUGUGGAAAUUAAUUUUUUUUUUUUUUUUUUUUUUGGCAGAUCCAUUAAAAAAAAUAAGCUUGUUUAAGUUAUAUGUUUGUCUAUUUUUUUUUUCCAGGCUGUGAAACAAUGUAGGUUAAAAAAUACAAAAAGUGAAAGACAUUUUACCAUGUAAGGAAUAAAGCACUGUGUCAUGCGGUUGUAGGAAAAUAAUCAGCGUUAAGUUGGUGUGAUGAAGCACAGAUACUGUGAGCACCUUGAAGCUGAUUAUUUUCUAAUAACAACAUGGCCUGAAGUGUUUUAUUCCUCAUAACGCAGCAGUUUGUCUACGAUUACAGUUUUAUUUAUUAUUAAAUAGCAACCUGUAACAGUUUUUUAAAAUCUAUUUACUGUUACAUUUAAUGUUGUGGAACAUCCGUAAAACAAGUUCUCAGUUAUUUUAAAGCAGCUAUAAACAGUCAUUCCCUCACCAGCCUCCCUUUUUUCCUUUUUUCUCGUGAAGUUCAUUAAUAAGACACAGCUUUUCAUGUUACACAGAAACCAUAAAGCAUAAACUCUUCUGUCCUGAAAAUCUCAGAAAAAUUAUUUAGUUUUACCUCUGAGACUGGAGACUCCUUCUAUAAAUGUCAAAUAUCUCCUUACAGAAAACGUAAACAUAUCAGCUUUUACAUGCGUUUUUAUUCUGUUUAUAUGAAGCAUUCAUGCUAUAAAUCCCUGUCAGUGAGCUGUUACUAUAGAAAUGAUAAGAUAUCAGAACAAGCGCAUUAAUACAAACCUAAACUAUUGUCAGAGCUGCUGUUUUAGAAAAUGAAUCAACACCUUCUAACUAAUCAGAAUCCAGAAUUCAAUAGCGCUGUGGUAUAAAUUGUCAUAAAUCUGUUAAUAUAAUUCUGAGCACUACUUGCACACACACAACCCAACAUUCACUUCCCAAACUUCACUAAAAAAACAAAAUAAUCCACAAUGCCCAGAAAAUGCCUGUUUACUGGCUGGAAAAUGAGUCAUGCUUCUCCAAACGACACCUUAAUGCCACCUAGUGGCUGAAAGAACAACAAUCCUCAGGCUUUUACUCUGGGACUGGAGAUGAUGUGAUGAUUUAUGUGAAGUGGACGUGAGAUUAUUUAAAAGUUUAAACAUUUAAAAGUUCUGACAUUUUCACAAUUAGUGAUUAUUUUACCUGUGUAGCAGUGUGAUAUUAGGUUACCUGGCCUCCUAAUGAUUCAAUCCUGGUAGCAGAUUUAUUAUAUACUUACAGUAUAUCACCUUAAGUGUAAAACCCUGAAACUAUUCCAGCUUCUCUGAGGUAAAUUCAGGUAAAAACCAGAGACUGCAAAUGCAUAUUUUAUUUUAAUCCUUCAUUUUAAAGGGACUUUUUGAACAAAGCAAGGUAUUACAGUUCAAAUGACAUGUAUAUGUUUUGCAAUAAUUGACUAUAAUUACUGUUUUGAUUAACAAAAAUAUCAAAACCACUCUUUAAGCAGGAUAAGUGAGUACACCAGAGGGUUAAUCAAAAUGGCGUCCAGGUCCAGGGGCUGCCUGCUAAGCUGAACUUGAGAAACUUCUGGAAGGACAACAUGUGUAAGAAUCACAGUGUGACAAACAUAAAGCUAACACUAAUGCUACACAUAAACAAGUUUAUGUGAAAUUUCAGUAUAAAUGAAUCGCCUUUGCGAUAUUUACCACUUUAAAAAGACAAUUUUUUCUGAAUGGCUUAACGGUUUUUUUUUUUUUCCCCAAGAUGGCGGAAUCCAUGGAAUUCUGGUUAUGUGUAAUUAUUGAGUGUAAUUACUGUACAUUUUUUUAGUCAUGCCGAGUAUAUUUUUUGUGAUUUUAACAGCAUAUCUGAGAGAAAUGUUGAUAUCCUUUAUGGUUUUAUGUCACUUUCACUAUUGUUGUGCCUUUACAUUGUGCUAAGGUUAAAAGAUUUAAGGUUAAGCUUGCUAGCUAAAUCAUUCAAGCGUCAGGUAUUAUCCACUUUCGUGUCCAUGAUUCCCAGUUGCCUAGCAACAGCGUUCUCGCCAAAUGCUAGCAUGUAGCUAGCUUUUACAACAGGUUAAAACAAACAAACAAAUAAAUAUGAAAAAAUAGAGUUUUUUUUAAGUCGAUGAACACGCAAAAAAAAAAAGUUUAAUAAACAAUGAGUGUAGUAGCCUAAUCUGUACACUUCAGUAUUCCUUUCCUGCUAACAAAACAGUAAACUAGGCUAAUAAAUUCUACUUGCUAGUCAUGUACUAAAUAUAAACUGGUUUUAUUUAUUUAUUUAUUUAUUUAUUAUCCAAAUGAAAACUGGUUAUGAAAGCCACCCACACUGUGAUUUAUCUUUAAAAUCUCAGCAGAUAGCUAAUAAUAGACAUUCUAUACUUUUUGCCUAGAUUAAGGAUUAACAUCAGCAUAGGUUUAACUUAAUAUAUUAGAAAAUUAUUUUAAAACAAAAACAUUUUUCACAUAGGGAAUGUAGUAUUAUUAUAAUAUUAAAUAUCAAUGAAAUCUUAGAAUAUAAUUUCACUUUAAAGCUGUCUUAUUUGCAAAAAAACAAAAACAAAACAGUACAGAAUCCUGACGUCUCACUGAAAUACUUUUCAUUCUCUUUAAAGCUAUUGGUCGAAGGGACGCCAUUAAUAAAGUCAUAGCUUCAAACAAAAUUAAGUCGAGAGGCUGUAGCACUUGAAUUAUGCUAUAGGCUACUAUCUAGUGAAUUUUUUUGCUCCAUAAUAGGCAGUUGAGAGUCAACAACGUAGUCAUCCAGCAUAGUCUAGCAGCUAGCAGAUAGCUUUGAGUGGAUUUAGAUGUAUCUUUUUUCAACUGUGUUCGAUACAGCAGGUGUGUUUCCUGUCACCAACAAGGUAUAAAAUAUAGUUGAGCACGGUUGACAAGUUUCAGCAAAAUGUCCAGCCCAGCGACAUCUCAAAAACCACACAAAAGAUCUGAAACUAGCCCAAACAAUCUGGGCAUUGGAAAAGGAAGACAUUUUUUUUUUUCUUCUUUUUCUCAGGCUUUGCAUGGGAAACAAGGUCACUGUGGUGCGCACGCAUUUCUGAUGUAUGGAUUGUUAUUCACUCCAUAAUCCCCCUUUCCCUCUCCCAAUCUUUGGAAUAUAUCUUGCAAUAGAAAUGGUUCUGUACAUCAUAGACACACGAUUAUUUGCUAUAAAACAAGAUCUUGGUGUCUGCUGAGUAUUAGCCGUGCGCUGCUCCUCCCCGGAGCAUGGGGCAGCGUGAUUCCUGCCCCAAUGCGCCUCUCUUAGCGAUUGUUAUAGUUCGCAUUUUUGACCACUAGGUGCAAUAAUAACUCUAUUGAGCUAAAUGAGGCAGUGAGCUCACUGCACUACGAUUUCACAACAUUUAGAAACACAUGCAAAUCAACGGAAAGUCAGCUUUAAUCUCUCAGAUAGCAGUAUUGUAAUAAUCAUUAGUCAAUAAAAAAAGGUAAUUAGUAUUUCAAAGUAAUUUAAAAUGUAUGGAGUUGUGAAUGAAGACUUUAUGAAGGUUAAUAUUUGUUGAACGGAUGAUGUAAAUGGUGGGGCUUUGCAUCACUGGCCCGGGGGACGAGCUGACACUGAUUUAACCUGAAGCAUGUUUAGUCAUUCUGUGCAUCUGAGCAAAAUGACUAAACUGUAAACAGACAGGAUAUGAACUGGGUAUACGUAUGCAUCAGUAAUAUGUCGAAUAUAUUACUCACAACAAUUUUAUAACCUUAUUAAAAAGCAAAAAGCAUAUGUCAUUUUUCCUACCCCAAAUUUUGCGGGGUUAACUUCCUGUUUGAUGCUGACCACAUCCUCUUAUAUGAUGACAUAAAUAAAGUCAUGUAAUUUCCAUCAAGCAUUUCCACUGCAAGGGAUUAAAGUAAUAUAUUUUGACUUUCACUGAUUAGGCUAAAGGAAAAAGUUAGUUGAAUUCUAUCUUAAAUAAUAAUAAUAAAAAUAAUCCAAUGUUUCUAUGCAAAAAUAGUUAACCUUCAGGUCUUAAAUAUUUAAUGUUGAUGACCAAAAUUAUAUAUUGAAAAUGAUUUUUGAACAAAAUAUAGAAAUAUUUUUGACAUGUACAAAAAUUUCGCAGUUUAGGACUUUUGCUCGAUGCAACAGUUUUUAUUUAAUUUCGGAUUUUGUGUAGAAAGUUUGUAAGGGAAUAGUGAUUUUUUUUAAUUAGUUAAAUUAGAUGUUUUAAUUAGUUUUAAUUACUGCAAUUAGAAAAAAAAAACAUUAACUUAACUGCACAAUUAAAAAAAAAAUCAUUAUAUUAACUGAACAGAAUUUUGGACAUUAUGCAUGACAGGGGUAAGAAUGAAAAAGUUCAGCAAAACGCUACCAUGAUUAACUUACAACUUGUGCGCGCGCAAGGAGACGCAACCGGAGACACUGUGCGCGCGCGCGCACGCGGGCAGGAGGAGUGAAUGGGCGGAGCUACAGCCAAGAGGCAUCUCUCUCUCUCUCUCUCUCUCUCUCUCUCUCUCUCUCUUCAUUCACACUCUUCUCUUCUGUGCGCGUGGUGAGAACCGACGGCGCUUCUGCAGGAGCGGAUCGCGCGCCCCCGCCACCGGAACCUCGUUCCUCCUCCUCCUCCACGCGCGCGCGCGCCCGUGCCGCCGCGACCCCGGUGAUGAUGCCGGAGAGAUGGAGAAACUGUCCGCGAGCAUCUCGGAGCUCUCGUGGAGCGCAGUGUCGCUGCCCCUGGACGCCGUGGUGGGCAAAUUCCGCCUGCCCACACUGGUGAAGCUCAGCGCCGGUGAGAAUGUGGAAGGAUUGUCUGAGGAGGACGUCGUCCUGUUACACUCAUGCCGGCAGUGGACUACAGUCACCGCCCACUCUCUUGAGGAGGGGCAUUACGUCAUCGGACCCAAGAUUGACAUCCCGUUGCAGUAUCAGGGGAAGUUUAAGUUGCUGGAUCAGGACCGGGAUGUCCGGGAGCCGGUCCAGUACUUUGCGAGCGUGGAGGAAAUCGCUGGAACUUUCCCGGAUCGAGUGUUCGUCAUGGAGCCGAUCACGUUCAGCAUGAAGGUGGUGUCGGGUGAGUUCAGUGAGGACAGCGAGGUGUAUAACUUUUCCCUGCAGGCGGGAGAUGAGCUGACUCCGAUGGGCCGGGCCGAGCUGCUCUGUGUCCAAUCUGCUCGUGAGAAAUCACGCCUGGCCGCGUUGUUGCGACGGCUGGGCAGAGUGGGCGGGGCCUCAGGACGUCCUGCCCGCACCAAGCUGCCCUGUCUGAUCUGCCUGAACCAGCGGACGCGGGAGAGCGUGCGGCUGCCCCUGCAGUGCCGGGGCCGUUUCUGCACACGCUCGCCGCUGGAGCUGCGCAUGCAGGCAGGCGAGCACACACUGCGCACCAUCAUCGAACGUGUGCGGCUGCCUGUCAAUGUGGCUGUACCACCACAUCCACCACCUCCACCUCGCAGCCGCUAUGACCAGCACACCAUCCGCCAGGGCCAGCGCUACAAGCUGCUCGCCAUCGUCAGCCGGACCGUGGUGCUCUGCUGUGUCCUGCGCAAACAGGAAGUGACGCCUUCUCACUUCCUGUUGCUUAACGACAUGCCGCGCUUCACGCUGCCUGAUGGCUUGUUGCGUGAUGAUCCUGUCUACCAGCGGGCGGUGCUGCUGAGCGCGCUCCGUUGCCAGGAGACCUUUGACCCGGAUGAUUAUUCCCGAGCUGUACGGGAGGUGAAGGUGGACCUGACUGAGGAGUGUGUGAGCCCGCGCAGGAUACGAGUGUAUCCUGUAUUCUCGCCACAGAGACUCUCGCUUUGCGUGUAUGGGGGCGGAGCCAUCACACCGACACCCACGCCAGGCUGCAGGGACUCGCUGGGAGACACACAAACUCCCCCUGGAGGUGAGGGAGAGAGGGAAGAGGUGGGUGAAGGGGAAGAGCGAGAGUACGUCACCCCUGAUUGGCCCACAGAGACACAGGAAAUUCCUUACGAAGAGCUUUGGACCAAUCAGAGUGGAGGAAGCUAUGCAGAGGUUCCUGAAAGCACAGUGAAGGCUGAGCACAACCUCAUAUCCUUCCAUUCCACCUCCUCAUUGGAUGGUACAGUAGGCUCCACCCACGUUGCUAUGGUGCAGAUGGAAGCAGGACGAGUACCGACUCCACCCCCUGUUCCGCCCAAAUCAGAAGCUGUGAAGGAGGAGUGUCGGUUUUUGAAUGCUCCUCCGGUUCCACCCCGCUGUGCUAAUGUUGGAGGCCCCACCCCUAGUCCUCCAGUUCCACCGCGUUUCCCUAAAGCUCCAGCUACAAGCACACGCAGUCCAAAUGUGUCCUUUUACUCCUCAGGCCUGCAGGAGAGCUCUGCUCCUCGUAGUGGCAGCAGUUCUCCCUCUCCAGACUCCUACUCUCUCUACUGUUACCCCUGCACAUGGGCUGACUGUGUGACCUCUGACUCCUCUGCAUCACCCGACCCUAACCAGCCCGCGCAGGCCUGCUGGUCACACCCCCGAAGUGGCGGAGUUUUUACUUCCAACAUUCUAAACACACCCCUCCUUAGCACAGACUCUGCCCACAAAAACUACUCCACUUGUCCCCGACCACGGCCAGCUGCACAGAACCGCUUUGCCCCAUUUGGUGCCCUGAACCCUUUUGCCAAUCCAGGACACGCCUCUUCUGAUUGGCUUGCCACGGGCCGGAAAUCCCCCAAUCUGAUGCCUGACCUCACUAGUGCCACCCCUCAGGAGUCUCAAGCCAAUCAGGAAACAAGUCCAGUUCCUCCACCCAGACCAUUAAAAAGCUUAGAGGAGGAAACAUCUGUGUCUUCCAUGGUGAGGGGUGCAGAAGGUGGAGCUGGGUUAUCAUGGCGACCCCCAGCGGACCUGUGCUGGCUCUCGGUGGAGGAGGUGUCAUCCUGCCUACGUUUCAUCGGGCUGUCGGACGAUGUGAUUGGCCUGUUCAGCCGAGAGAGGAUUGACGGGUCAAUAUUCACCCAGCUCACGGAAGAAAUCCUGUCUGAAGACUUCAGCCUUACCAAACUGCAGGUCAAAAAGAUCAUGCAGUUCAUCAAGGGCUGGAGACCCAAGAUAUGAGCCUUUACACGCACCCACACACACACACACACACACACACACACACGUACCCACACAUACUGUGAAGAGUAAACCCAUAUGCAUGAUGGUAAAUAAAAAAAAAAUAAAGGUGCGUUUCCACAGAGGUUCCUGAAACUUUUGAGGAGUUAAUGAGUCACUGAACAGUUCCUAGAUGAGUCUUUGUUUUACAAAACACUGCAGGAACUAUGGUUUUUAUGUAAAAGAACAGCAGUAGAGCAAACUCUGCCAUAACAUUGACUGGUCUGUAAAAAGUACCUUCUAUGGAGCAGAAACUAAAAAGUUUCCAAAAAGUAUGGCCCAGGAACUAAAAUUGGGAAGUGGAAACUAAAGAUCCUGGGUUCCUGAAAAGGUUUCUGCAUGCUAAACAAAAAAGUUUAUGCACUUGAAAUAGUUCAUGUGUUCCUGAAAAAGGUACCGCUCCAUGGAAACACUAAAGUCUCUUAGUUGAAAAGGUACCUGAGUUCCUGAAAAGGUUUAUUGUGGUAGAAACCUGCUUAAAAUCCAGGGUCCCUGAACAAGUUCCUGGGUUUCCUGAAAGGUUCCUCUGGUGGAAACAAGUCAGGCAGUAGUUUCUGCAUAGUUGUCUGCUCUACCUACUGUAGAGCAGAAGCUAAAAAAGUUCCAGGAACUAUGGCCCAGGAUCUAAAAUCGGCAAGAGGAAAUAGGGAAAACAUGCCUACAGUUCUUGAGUAUCUAAAAAGUUUCUAAAACUAAGGUACCUCUCUAUGGAAACAUGGGUAAGGUUCCUGAGUUGAAAAGGUUCCUCAGGUUCUUGAAAAUGUUCUUGUGGUGGAAACAAGUUUAAAGUGACAUAGUUCCUGAGAAAAGGUUCCAAGGUUCCUGAACAGGUUCCUCUGGUGUUUAGGUCUGUAAAAGAGGAUGUACUGUGGGACAUGUUUCUGCAAAGGUUCCUCUGGUGGAAACGUGCCUAUCAGGCAGUAGUAGCAUACUACUACUCCUAAUACAGUAACUAUAUGUGUGUGUGUGUGUGUGUGUGUGUGUGUGUGUGUGUGUGCGCGUUGAAGUGAAGAGAUGCACGUGUUCAUGUAACACUCGUGCUGAUUUAUUUUGUGGUGUUGGAUCGCUUAAAGCUCAGCUGCUGAACAGCAUCAAACUACUGAACAGUAUCAGUGUGUGUGUGUGUGUGUGUGUGUGUGUGUGUGUGAGUCAGAGUUAGUAUAAACCUGUGUGUGCGUGUGCGCGCGUGUGUGGUACAUGAGUGUUUUGUUUCAAAAGGAAAGAUUUUAUAUAUUUAAAUGCCACUCAGUCAGUACUUAGCUUCUUUAGGGAUCGUCUCUAAACUCCACUCCUGCAAAGACGUUGUUUCUGGGGACCAUCUCAAAACUACACCUCUUUCAAAAAAAACAAACGAUCCAAUAGGGACUAAUGUUGAACACUACUUGAGAUUGUCUGGUUUAUAAUUUGUUAGUGAUUAUUUUUGUCUUUUACAUUGUCGGUCACAGAGGUUAUAACACCACACUGCUCAGACUGAGGUGCCUUUAGAGGAGCGAUAAUGGAACAAAGGAUAAUUCUGCUAUAUUUUAAGGAAUCUUUUUUUCUUUUUUUUUUCUUUUUUUUUUUUUUAACCCGAAAUGUGACAACUCUGUAUGUCUUUCCACUGUCUUUGAUGCAUCUGUGUCUUGAUUCUGUUGCUCUUGUGUGUGUAGACUGUAGGUACGUUGGUGUAUGAAGGGUUGAUGAUCGUCACUGCCUCUCUGAACAGGAAGUGAGGAUCCAUAGCAGCCCUGAGUAUUAUAAGGCCCUGAGUAUUGAAUCUGAGUUUACUAACACACACAUGUUGCUGUUUUAGUGGAGUUACUGCUGCAUCACGAACUGACCUCGACUUCAACUGAUUAUUGAUUGAUUAUUGAUUAAAGUCACCCAAGUCAUAGAGCACCAUGUUACCGCUGUGAUUUAUUCUUAAAGAUUCUUAAAGGUAAUUAUCACUGUCUAUUACACUCGUGAGGACGUUCCCCUGACAUUAUGCGACAUUAUCAGUUAACGCUAUGCUACACCUAAAUCUAACCCUAACCUUAACCUCAGUAACCAAAAGGAAACAUUUUGUCAGCCAAACAGCCCCUCAAGGUCAAAUAUUUCAGAUAUUUCUAUCCGUGUGAGGACAUUUUGUCCCCACCAAGAUAUAAAUCCAUACACAAACACACACCAACAGAAAAUCAUAGCCUUACGGCUUGCUAAGCUUUAGAUAAAGGUGGAAAAAAAAGAAGAGUUUGA